UCUCCAAGGCAAAGAUGGAGCUGAGAAGAAAAGAUCAAUCUCUGCGUCAACUCAAUAGACUUCUUACCCAGCUGGAGCAGGACAAGCGUCGACUGGAAGAGAGCAUCCACGAUGCAGAGAGUGCCCUCUGCAUGGCAGCCAAAGAUAAGGAAUUAAUUGCCAGCCAUAUGAAAUCUGUGGAAGCCACUCUUCAAAAGGUCAGAGAUCAGAGCUUGCUGUCACGGACUGCGGCAACCAGGAAUGACUUCACCCUGCAGCUACCCAAACUGCACCUGGAGACCUUUGCAGUGGAAGGGCUGAAAGGCGGGCCAGAGGUUGUAGCAUUUCAGGGUGUGAUUAAAAGUUUUAUGGAUGUCUACCAACUUGCGAGCUCCAGAGUUGGCAUGUUAGAGAGAGAAAUAGCAUCUCAUCAGCUUCACAUUGCAGCCUUGAAGUCCGAGCUCCAAACAGCUUGUCUGCGUGAAAGUGAGAGCUUACACUUGGAAUCAAGAGACAGUUCAAACAUCACCAUGGCUUCAAGCUAGGAAUCCAGCUGGACAAGAGUUAUAUCCCAGAUUUUUUGGCAUUGCAAGCUGAACCUGACACAUCCUACAGUUGUAUACACAAUGUAGCCAAUUCACAGUCUUCAGACUAUUUCUACAGUCUGAAUGUCACAUCCAGUCCCAAAACAACAAUGGAAAAUGGAUUUUAAGAUUCUUUUUAUCAAUAAUCUUUUCAAAGGAAAAAAUUGUAUUAAUGGAAAAUGAUGCAAUUAAACUGCAAUUUUGUUGCUA